AUGACAAUUCAAAAUACUGGAGUAACCAUUUCAUUUCAUGCCUUCGGACAUAAUGAUAUAGUUAAUACUUUUACUGGACCAAAUAUUGUAUCUCCUCUUUUAUUAAGAUCAGCAGUUGUUUAUUAUUAUGGAACAACAAUGUUAAUUGUUCGUAUCAAUAGAAAAAAAUAUCAUGCGAUUACUGUCAAAACUUACGAAGAUAAUGAUGACAUUGUUUUUAUGAGCGGCCAAUAUGAUAAAGUUUACCAUAAGGCUUGGGCUUUAGUUGAAGAAUUUAAAUAUGCAUAUUUUAGUUAUAAAAUGGGAAAAAUCAAUGGUGUUAUUUCUUCUUAUAAAGAAUUAGAAUAUUUUGAUUUAUAUUAUUAA